GCAGGUGGAUGUAAUGUAGAGAGUUGAGGUGUGAAGGUAGAAAUACUUUAAUUCAGAGCUGUUCUAGAAGCUGGAGAUGAGUCCUUCCUGGCUGCUGAUUCACGGAGAACGUUUCUAAAUAAAGAACGGCGGCUUUCUGUUUAUUAAGGACAAGAUUGAUUUUCGUGUGAUCUCGUGACAUCGCCAGAGUCCAGCUGCCGCUCAAGGUAAGCCAAUGGCAGCGUCAGACGGAGGGUAUAAAAGUGCUGAGUCAGCGUCCGGCGGGGACAGCUGGAUGAAGGGAUGGACCGAGGAGAGAUGACAUCAUCACCCUGAGAACAGCGAGAACAAGCUGAUCCAUCUAAACCCCUGAACUGGGAGGUUUUCUGAGGAGGUUUUCUGAGGAGAGAGGAUGGAGAACGUUUCCUCGCAUAAACACUUCAUCCUCGACGGCUUCAGUGAACUGGGAGCGCUGAGGCCCGUCCUCUUCCUCCCGUUCUUCAUCAUGUUCGUGGUGUCGCUGUCGGCCAACUCCCUGCUGCUGUACGUCAUCGUCUCACAGAGGAGCCUCCACUCUCCGAUGUGCGUCCUCAUCGCCGGCAUGGCGUGCGUGGACCUGAGCCUCCCGCUGUUCUUCGUCCCCCACAUGCUGCUGAGCUUCCUUUUGGACUGGAGGGGGAUCUCUCUGAGCGGCUGCCUGACUCAGAUGUACUUCGUUCACUUGUUGGGUGCUUUUCAGUCCACGCUGCUGCUGUGGAUGGCGCUGGACCGCUACUUCGCCAUCUGCACGCCUCUCUACUACCACGAACGCAUGGCUUUACCGAGCUUCCUCAAGUUCGUGGUUCCAGUUCUGAUCAGAAACGUGUUCAUGGUCUCACUGGUGGUGAGUCUGGCGGGAUCUUUGCCCUUCUGCGCCGCUAACGUGAUGGAACACUGUUUCUGUGAGCACAUGGCGUUGGUGCAGCUGGCCUGCGGAAGCACCGCCGUCAACAGUCUAGUGGGGCUGAUCUCGGUGUUCCUCAUUCCUGUAGUUGAUUUCAUCCUCAUCGCCGCCUCCUACGUGAUCAUAUUCAGCUCUGUGCUGAGUUCCGGCAAGUCAGGUGUCAAAGCGCUCCACACCUGCGUCACCCACAUCGUGGUCAUCACCGUCAGCCUGACCAUCAUACUCAUGGCUUUCCUGUCGUAUCGGAUCAGAAACGGACUUCCCGUCGCUGGGCGGGUUUUCUUCAGCAUCAUGUACCUGUUAUUUUCGAGUUGUUUCAACCCGAUCAUCUACGGCCUCAGAACCGCCGAGAUCCGACAGCACAUCCUGAAGACGCUGAGGUGCGGUCGCUUUGUCCGAACUGUGAAUUAUUCUUAAAAAAACGGCACUCUUAGAAUUAGGAGAGCUUCGAGGAACUCUGGGGAACUCUGCAUGCUGGCGGGGUUCUUGGAGGAACCUUUGGAGUGUUGGCGAGUUAAGAGUUUGUGCAUUCGUUGCAACCCAAACGUUAGACAUAUCAAGUCACUCUGCAACCGUAACGUCACUGAACUAGCUUAACGUUAGCUGCGCCGAACCAUUCCCAACGUAACAUUAAGUUACAUUGAACACGGUAAGUUUAAUUGAAUAACCGCGGAGGAAAUCUUGAUGAGAUUGUAGCCUUAUAUCAUUAUCUUGAAGCUAGCUGCAUUUAAAUGAAAUCCUUGACGUUACCUCGGCCAGCUAGCUAAGUAACGAAUGUUAGUUGACUUUUUAAAGAUAUUUAAUGUGAGUAUGUCAUUAGUAGUGUAGUUAGUCAACUAACGUUAUUAUGCUAACGUGGCUACCCAGGGACUUAAGCUUGAAUCGUUCUAGUUUUGACGAUACAACUUGUGACAGCAAGUGUUUCAAUGAAUUGAAUGUGUUAUCACUCACUAUAUUGUGGUUAAAUAAAAUGUCUGUGAGAAAACAA